AUGACCCAAGCGCGUGCUUCGCGCUGGGGCGCCUGGCGGGGCUUUGAAUUUUUCGGCAUAGCGCUGAUAUUUCAUAUAAUUUUUACAUGCUCCAUCUUUGAUAUUCAUUUCCGCUCCCCUGUCGUGCACCCCGUGCCGCGCUUCCAAGUGUUUGACACCGUCCCCGGCGCUGCGUCGCUUGAAGCAGAAGCGCCUGCACGGCGCGCAGUUGUGCUUGUUGCGGAUGGACUGCGUGCAGACACGCUGUUCAAAGCGCACGCUGCAGACGCUUUGCCUUUGUGGGCACGGGCCGAUAUGCAAGGAAACGGCGUGUACAAUGGCAGCUUUCCCAGUGCAUUUUUUCGCAAUGGCACUGGCAAAGUGCAGAGCGUGACGCAUGCGUACGCAGCGCCUUACUUGCGCACCAUUGCCAUGGAGCGCGGCCGGUAUGGCGUGAGCCAUACGCGCGUCCCUACCGAGAGCCGCCCUGGCCACGUUGCACUGCUUGCAGGCAUGUACGAGGAUAUGAGCGCCGUGACCAAAGGCUGGAAAGUGAACCCCAUUGCUUUUGACUCGCUCUUGAACCGCUCCUCUCACACUUAUGCUUUCGGAUCGCCCGACAUUGUGCCCAUGUUUGCGCUGGGGACGCCUCCGGGCAAAGUCGACGCGCACGUAUACGACGAAGACGCAGAAGACUUUACCAGAGACGCUGUAGCGCUUGACAUUUGGGUCUUGAACGAGGUGCGUGCACUGCUUGCGCGCGGCAAGCAAGACGCUGCGCUUGAUGCACAGCUACGUGCGCCCAACACACUCUUUUUUCUGCACCUGCUGGGUCUUGACACUACGGGUCACACCUACCGCCCCCAAUCGCGAGAGUACGCUGGAAACACGAUCGUCGUCGAUGCGAUUGUGCGCGAAAUCGAGCAGCUUUUUGACGCGUACUUUGCCGAUGAACGCACUGCCUACCUUCUCACCGCAGACCACGGCAUGUCGCGCCGCGGCAACCACGGCGACGGGGAUUCGGACAAUACGCGCACGCCGCUUGUCGUAUGGGGUGCAGGUGUUGCCAAACCUAUGCGCACAUCGCACGUAUACCCUGUGGAAGAGUACUACGAUGGUUGGGGUCUUGAGACGUACGAACGCGUGGAUGUAGAACAGGCAGCUAUCACGCCGCUUGUCUCCACGUUGCUCGGCGCGCAGAUUCCAGCAAACAAUGAAGGCGUGCUGCCCGACGUGUACCUUGACGUCGACGCGGCGUACGCUGCCAGGGCCGCACUUGCCAAUGCCAAGCAGGUCCUGGAAGUGUACCGCGUCAAGCACGAAGAGCGCCAAGCGCGGAUGCACCGCUUUGUACCCUACGCACCGCUCUCUGGCGGCGGCGAUGCGCAAGUUGCCGAUAUUGCGCAGUUGAUAGCGGACGGCGCGUUUGCGGACGCGCUGGAGCAGAGCGCCGCGCUGAUUGAAGAUGCCUUGGACGGCGCGCGGUACCUGCACAAGUACGACGCAAAGCUGUUGCUUACUAUUGUGGUGCUUGGCUACGUUGGCCUUUUUUUGUACGGCAUUACAUUUCUUUUGCAGUAUACACUGUACGAAGUGGUCCCGCGCCACAAAGUUUCUCCGAUGUGGCUUGCACUUUUCGCGCUGGUGCACGCUGCAGGGUAUAGCAUGCUUGCGCGCGACCAAGCGCCGUGGAUUUACUAUGUCUACAUGAGCGCUACCGCCUCGAUUUGGACGCUGCUUUCGUUGCGACUUCCUGUGGUGCGCGCCGCCCUGGCAGCAGCGAUGCCUGCACAAACUGGACCGAAGAACGAUGUGAUGCUCUGGAUGGCACUACGCGCCGUUGUGUAUGUUGGACUUGCGCUCGCGUCUGUGCAAUUGGCUGCGUAUGGCACGGAGCACCGCUAUACUUGGGCUUUGCUCAUGCUUUUGCUCGCGUUCCUCUGGCCUUUUGCUUUGCCCAACUCAUUCAAGGAAAACCACGAGAUUGCAUUGAUCGUGUGGGUGCUUUUGUGUGCUACAUGUGCCUAUAUUAUUACGCUCCCUAUCGAGAAGGAGGAGAGUGUGACGAUGCUGACCAUUGGCGGCACUCUUUUCCUUGUCCUGGGCACCUGCAUUUGCGCUUUCCCACAUACCUUUCUUGCUGAGGCUGACUAUCUUGGUCGUGUACGCAAGCUCUAUGCUUUGGCCGCGGCCAGCAGCAAGGCUCAAGUGGAGAAACUCAAGCGCGAGCCAGACGAGGAAACGGAGCACGACAACGACUUGUUUUUGCCGCGCAUGCGAAUUGCGCUGGCGUGCGAGCUGCUUGCACUCAUUGCUUCUAUUCUGGUCACGGCAAGCACUGCACGGCGCCUCAAGGCCAAGCAAGGUCUGGCGUUGGCUAACCAGGUCGUGGCAUGGGGCGUCCUGCUAUUUUCGCUCACCGUCCCGCUCCUGGUUGGCUUCCAGGGUCCCCGCAUGGCGAAGACGCGCGUCGAGCAGCCAUUCCGCCAGCGCAUUGUCCUGCUCGUGUACGCAUUUGUCCCUGCGUUUGUCCUGCUGUCCCUCGCCGACGAAGUGCUCUUCCUUUUUGUGUACAUUGCCCUUGUCCUUGUCUGGGCGCACUUCGAGGCGGAGCUGGCGCGCACUGUUGCCCCUACACCCUGCCCUCGCCGCGGCAUGAUCUUGGACGACGUGCGACUCGGCAUCAUGUUCUUCCUCUGGCUGCACAUUGGCUUCUUUGGCACGGGCAACAUUGCAUCCAUCUCCUCGUUCUACCUCUCGCCCGUAUACCGCCUGGUGCCUGUGUUCAGCCCUUUUCUUAUGGCGACACUGCUCAUCUUUAAGCUAAUUGUGCCCUUCAUUCUACUUGCAGCCGUGCUGGCCGCGCUCUGUGGACAACUACCGGAAUGGCGCGCGCAUUCGCCCGCGUCGAGCCGCGUCCCUAUCCUGGCAAGUGGAAUCGGGCUCCGCCAUCUCUACAUUCCCGUCACAGUCGCUGCACUUGCGUGCGAUGUGCUCGCGCUCAACUUUUUGUUCAGCAUCCGCGAUACCGGCAGCUGGCUCGAAAUCGGCCAGUCCAUCACCCACUUUGUCAUGGCCAACCUGCUGCAAAUCUAUAUGCUGCUCCUCGCAGCCAAUAGCUUCCCCUCUCUUACACAGCGACUUCGCUCCCAGGCACGCUCGAGCUCAUCGCGGCAGAAGCCAGAAGAAUCCAGCGAUACAAGCCUCGGAGAAGUUGCGCCGCGAUCUGUGAGUGAGGUAAUCGCACGCCGCCAGAUCUCGUAUCUUGUUUCACAACUUUCGGAAGACACGUACACGGAUACGCUUGCCGAGUUCAAGCUACUUGUCGACUUUCUCAGCGCCGACGCUGGUCUAUACCUUAUCGAACAACUCCGGACAGCCGCGCGUGAAACUUCAGGCACGCAUUUCCAGAGUGCAUUUGACGCCUGUCGUGAUCAACUGCGCGCACGAAUUGAAACCGACUCUACGUACGCUUCGACGAACACUCGCGAAACACUACUGCUGCUGCAGGAUCCCAUCAUGUUUUCCGGGCUACCCGAAGUAGCAAACGGAAAAGUAUCCGUGCCGCCGGACGCCAACAGCAGGGUGCUCUUGGAUGCGGCAUUGGAGCAUCUUGCUUGCGCGCCGUCCACUUCAUUUGCUCCAGCGCAUUUAGCGCCUUUUCUCGCCGCCUUUCUCUCCGACCCCUCCAAGGAGCGACCCGUUGCGCUCGACCCUCCAGACCGCACACAGCUUCUGCGUGCAGUGCGCGAGUGUGUGGGCGCAGAGCCUUUAGCACAGGCGCUACAUCAAGCACUCCCUUUCGUACAUAUUCAAGAUACGCAGCUGGCCGACUUCCUGCUUGGCCUCGGCGCCGAUGGACUUGCUUCGCUCGAGCUUGCCCAGGCGCUGCUCGCCCAGUUUGGAUGGAAGAGCGCAUCGCCCGAGCAGGUGGCCGCGCUUUUGGGCGCUUUGCUUUCUGCACAAGGGGAUGCGGCGAGUCCGAAUACGGACUACGGCACGCUCACACGCGCCAUCACGAGCCUCGACGCGCAGCUUUCAUGGGCUGCAGCAAUCCGCGCUCUUGACUUGCCGGAACAGCUCUCUCUCACGCCGAGCCAUGUGCUCUCGACCAACCUGGCCAACGUACUACUCGCCGCGCCAACGCGCGACAUUCUCUCUGACCCUAAAGACUGUGCAGUCGCUGGUUUGUGGGGAGUUUGGACACACCGGCUCCGCCAUCUGCAGCUUUUGUACGGCCUUCUUUUGCUGAGCGAAGAUACCUUUUCUUUUUCCGCGCUUACCACCAGGCCUAUUCUCACGAUUGACGACGUCGCCGCUGCGCCGGUCGCUGUCAAGGCCGAGGCGCAAAAUGCGAUUGACACUACAUGGAAUGCAUUGGAUUUAUUGGAGACCUUGAUGGAACUUGCCGGUGGCACUCCUGUACAAAACACUGCGGACGCUGCCAAAGCCGUCACCGCCAUUUUGGAGCGCGCGAUAAAAACGCACGCCGCAUGUGUGCUGCUUGGUUUGGUGCAACUGCCGCCGUCCAUAAACGCAGUGCACCCCGAAUUGGUCACCAAGCUUUUGACCAUGUUCCUUGCGGGCCAUCCCCACACGCAGCUCGUCUUUUGGGUACUGUGGCACAAGCAUUCUACGCUCUUGCUCGAGCAGUUGCAGCGCCUCGCUGCCGAAAGUCCCUUGCUUGUGCCUCGCAUUGCCGAAGUGGCUCACGAGAUUGGCUUCCUGGACCGCCUCCUGGAGCCCCAGUUUUCUGUAUUUGCGCUCGACAUUGCCGCUGUCGCUUCGCGCCGCGACCUGCUUAAUCUUGAGCCGUGGCUCCAAAAGUGGAUGGACGAGCAGCCGAAAGACACACAUGCCAUGCACAUUAUUCUCGACUUUCUCGAAGGCAAGGUCAAGGGCGAUUUGCAGCGCAGGGAUCCCCAAGUAGAGCCUUUGUUUGUUCCACUCAGCGUGCAGACGGUGGCUACCUUGUUGCGCGUGCUUCGUGCAAAUGGCGACAGCAUGACGAGCGACGAGAUUGAGCACUUUAAAGUUGUGCGUAACCUCUGCCUUCAGCUCUAUCCCCGCCUCAUGUCGCUUCAGCCAGGCGCCGAGGCCAGCGAGCCCGGCUUGACUGUUGCGACCUUUCCUAAGGAAAUUCAUCGCGAGGCAGAUACUUGGUACAGGCAAAUGUACGAGGAAAAAGUAUCUGUCGACGACAUCAUUGCACUUUUGCAGCGCAGCAGGCACUCGGACAAAGUGCGCGACCACCAGUUGUUCGCCUGCAUGGUGCACACGCUCUUUGACGAGCACAGGUGGUUUGAACUGUACUAUCCGCCCCGCGAAUUGCUCAUGACCGCCGUCGUGUUUGGCUCCUUGAUUCAGCACCAGCUUAUCAAUGCCAUUCCGUUGGGCAUUGCAAUCCGGUACGUGCUUGACGCGCUUCGCUCGCCGCCGGACGCUACCAUGUUCCACUUUGGCAUCCAUGCCUUGCUGCGCUUCCAAAACCGCCUUGCCGAGUGGCCGCAGCUGUGCCAAGCGCUUUUGUCGCUGCCGCAUCUCCAGCAAGUGCAUCCCGAUGUGGUUGCACUGGUUGACGCGGCGCUUGCCAAUGCCAAGAACGGCACGGCCCCGAGCGUCUCUGACACCCGCGCCUUCUCUGCUAUUUACGCAGAGAGUGUCACGGGCGAUGCACAGCAAAAGCCAGCCGAGGCGCUUUCUGACAAGAUUCUCUUUUUCAUCAACAACAUGUCUUUGUCGAAUGUGGACGAAAAGCUGGGCACCGCUCGCGAGCUCAUCGGCCCCGACCUUUUGCGGUGGCUCGCCAGGUACAUUGUCCUCGAGCGCGUUAGCACAGAGCCCAACAACCACGAGUUGUACAUGCGCUUCCUCGAAGGCCUCCACCAGCCCACCAUCUUUCGCUACGUUUUGUAUGAGACCAUUGCCAAGCUCAAGGUGCUUCUCGAGUCGGAGAAAACGAUGCAGUCGACUACCGAGCGCACCACGCUCAAAAAUCUUGCGUCGUGGCUCGGCACCAUUACGCUUGCGCGCAACAAACCGAUUCUCUUCCGCAAUAUUGCGUUCAAGGAGCUCUUGAUGCAGGGCCAUGAAUCGGGACGCUUGAUUGUCGUGAUUCCGUUCGUGUGCAAGGUGCUGGAGCAGUGCGCCAACUCGAGUGUCUUCCAGCCGCCGAAUCCAUGGCUCAUGGCCGUUUUGCGUCUCCUCGUUGAGCUGUACCAGUACGCCGACUUGAAACUCAACCUGAAGUUUGAGAUUGAGGUCUUGUGCAAGACUUUGCACGUGGAUUUGCAAGCGCUCGAGCCCACCUCGCUGCUUCUUGGCCGGCGCCCCGAGCCCGAGGCGUCGAGUGCGGUGGAUCCCUACGCCAAGGCUGCGAGUGCGCCAAACGCUGCGCUUCUCCAGGAAAUGGAGGAGCUCACUGUGAGCGACCAAUUCAGUACGACGCCCAUGCAAGAUACCUUUACCGCCCUUUUGCAAAACGUCGCACAAUACAUUGUCAUCAGUCCGCAGCUCGGCCCCUACGCGAACAAUGCCGCAUGGAAGCGCGUCAUGUACCUUGCCAUCGAGCGUGCUAUCCAGGAAAUCAUCACGCCUGUCGUCGAGCGCUCUGUCACCAUCGCUGCGAUUUCCACGCGCGAGCUUGCCAGCAAAGACUUUGCGAUGGAGCCAGACGAGCACAAACUGCGCCACGCCGCACACCAAAUGACGCAGAGCAUGGCAGGCAGUCUUGCCCUUGUCACUUGCAAAGAGCCGCUCCGUGUGAGCAUUAUGGCCAACGCACGCACGCUUUUCGCUGCAGGCGGCAUCACUGAGCAGCAGCUCCCUGAGCAAGCGCUUAUGCUUCUUGUCCAGGACAAUCUCGAGCUCGCCUGUGUCGUCGUGGAGAAGACGGCAAUGGAAAAGACGCCCGCCAAAGUCGAUGAAAGCUUAGCGGCUGCCUACACAGCGCGUCGCGAAUUUCGCGCGCACGGACGCGGCACGCUCUUUUGGGACAGCGCGGCCCUCUCGCAUUACAGCACCACGCUCCCUGAGCUGCUGCGUAUUGCUCCGCCUGGCCUGUCGCCCGAGCAGCUGCGUGUCUAUGACUACAUCUCCAUGCCUGUCGAGCCUCGGAUGGAGCCCGAAAUGCAGAGCAUGCCCGAGACAAACGAGCUUGGCGGCGCACUUUCUCCCGCCAAGGCACUGGAGCGCUUCCUUGUCAUGGCCUCCAAGCUUGAGCAGUUCUUUGCCGAGGUUGGUGAAACACAAACGCUCGCGACGCUUCCCAGCAUUCACUUUGUGCGCCAAGUCUCGCCGCAUCUCACCGAGCUCGUCAAUGUGGCUGCACCGCGCGACGAGGCCAUCUUGGUGAUUGCCCAAAAGGUUGUGCAGCUCUUGUACCGCGCCCAAACAAGUCUCGCGCGCGAGGUAUGGGUCGCUGUCCUUGAGCAGCUCUGCGAACAGUCGCUCAAGGUUGCCAAGGAAGUCACUGCCUGGCUCAACUUUGCCGAGGACGAGCGCAAGUUUAACGUUCCUGUUACCAUGGCACUUGUGCGCGCCAACCUAGUGGGUAUUUCCGAGCAGGACCAGCAGCUGGCCAAGCUCCUUGUUCGCUCUCAGUUCCGCGCUAGCGUCGUGGAAUUCAGCGCGCAGUUCGUGCAGAAAUGUUUGCACGAAAAGGUCGCGGGCCCUUCUCAGUUUGCUGGCGUCUUGCACGCGCUGCAGCAAGCCACGCAGUUUGGCCGCAACACGCCUGCCUCUACGGCACUCGUUGAGGAAGCCGAAGAGCUGCCGCGCUCAACAGACGCUGUGCUCCCUCUUCGCGAGCAGCUUGCCUACUCUUUUGCGAGCUGGGUGCGUGUCUACCAGCAGUCGCCCCAGCCGGAAAAGUCGUUCAUCGAGUACGUCACGCAGCUCCAGAGCCAAAACGUGCUCAAGGGCGAGGAGAUCUCUUCGCUCUUUUUCCGCGUGUGUGCCGAAGUCAGCGCGGACCACUAUCUCAAGCAGCACGCGUUGGGCGGGACGCUCGCCAGCGGUCUCUUUGCCCCUGUCGACACACUCUCAAAAAUGGUUGUGUACAUGAUCAAAUACCACGCGGAUCCACUGGGCGCAGACGACGAGCAUGCCAAGGUGCACUACUUGACGAAAAUUUUAUCCAUCAUCACCCUCGUCCUCGCCCAGUCCCACGAAGAUCUCGGCGCGCGCUUCCAGCAAAAGCCGUUUUUCCGCCUGUUUUCCAGCCUCCUCCACGACCUGCUCGCGGCCGAAGGCAGUCUACACGGCGCGUACAACGGCGCGCUCCUCGCCAUUGCCAAUUCGCUCAACUCCCUGCAGCCCCUCUUCUUUCCCGGCUUUGCUUUUGCAUGGGUCUCGCUCAUCUCGCACCGCCUCUUUUUGCCCGAACUUUUGCAGAGCAAGCGGCAGGAGGAACGCGUUGCUUUCCACCGCCUCUUUAUUGCUCUUCUGCGCUUCCUCGCGCCAUUCUUGCGCGCUAGCGGCCUACACGACACCACGCGUCUUUUGUACAACGCGACGCUGCGCAUCCUUCUUGUCCUGCUGCACGACUACCCCGACUACCUUGUGGAGCACCACCAAAGCUUGUGCGAUAUGAUUCCGCCUACGUGUAUUCAGAUGCGCAACUUGGUGCUCUGUGCAUACCCACCGACGCUUCACCUUCCGGAUCCAUUUGCUGCGGGACUGCGCCUGGUGGAGAUGCCCGAGGCACAGGACGAUGCGAGCCAGGUCUACGAUAUGCGCGCUGUCCUUGCAACUCUUCCGACGCUUCCUGCACUCCUCGACGUACUUGUCAAGCAGCGUGGCCGCGCCGACGUGCUUGCGAAUCUGCGCGAGAGCAUUGCGGCACCCGAAGGCAGAUACAAUGAGCCGGCGAUAAAUGCUGCCGUGCUCUUCCUCGGCCAGUCGGCGCUCCAGGAAAAGAAUUUGCUUGGCGGAGACGCAAAGCAGGAUCCGUGUGUUGAAGCACUCUUGUUUUUGUUGCAUGAAGUCGAGCCGGAAGGGCGCUACUUGCUCUUGAAUGCAGCUGCUAACCAGCUGCGGUUUCCCAGCAGGCAAACGGCCUACUUUAGCGCCUUGGUCCUUCACCUCUAUGCGCACAUCGCCGACGAACAGGUGCGCGAGCAAAUCGUUCGUGUAUUGCUCGAGCGUCUGAUUGUGCAUCGUCCGCACCCAUGGGGACUUUUGCACACCUUUGCCCAUCUUUUGCAGGCGCGCACGGCAGCAUUGCCGCAGGGACCGCCAGAGGUGCACGCGAUAUUAGAGCACAUCUCCCACGCCCUUUCCGAACCGCGCAUUCUCCCGGCCAUGGCCGCAUAA